AUGGUACGCCUCUACAUCGCCCUCCUGUGCCUAGCUCUGCUUGCUAGUCAAGCUGUGACGGCCGCGACCUGCCCGGCCGCCAAAGAUCAGGUACGGAUCGUCAAGAAGUAUCCUGGCGACUUUUACGUGGCAAAGCAGGCUUGGAUCCAGACUUGCAAGGCGCUCCCCCAUAGUGGGGUGACCCUCUUUCCUUACUACGAAGGAACGCCCACAGAAGCAGGAUGCAAUACGGAUGAGGGCGUGGAUUAUGGAUGUCAAGUACUCGAGAAGCUAGGUAGCGGAUGGGAGCUGGCGACGCCGUCCGGCAAGUCCACUUUACCCGAGUUCGGUGCACAGCACGGGGAAGUGGUCAUCAUUGGCCGUGAGAAGAUUUAG